AUGAAGGUGACUGAGGAUGGUGAAAGGAUCGACCUCAACCAAAACGAUUGGCCUCUGACUUAUAAUAAGCUGAAGGAAGAGGCGGGCAAUGAAGAGAAACCGCACGAAUUGCAUUCCGUAGAGUUCUUAUUCAAAAACAAGGAGAUCCCGCCAUGGCAAAGCCAACUCACAUUGAGAGCUUUAGUUGUGAGUUGUGCAAUGGGAGCUUUCUUAACCAUUUUUGUCAUAAAGAUGGACCUGAUGUUGGGACUAAUCCCCCCAGUGAACCUCUUUGCUGGAUUCUUCGGUUUCCUCAUCAUAUCGACAUGGACAAAUUUAUUGAGCGCAGCUGGCUUGAUGGGCCAGCCAUUCACGAGGCAAGAGAACGCUGUCAUUCAAGUAUGUGUCAACGCCAUCACGAGCGUUUCUUAUAAUGGAGGCUUUGCAACCCAUCUUAUUGCCAUGAGUGACGCUGUCGCGAAGCAAUUCCCCGGACCGGUCAAUGCCAAUGACAUGAAGAAUCCCAGCUUCGGGUGGAUGACAAUGUUUCUUUUGCUCUCUAGUUCUGCCGGCCUAUUCACUAUGUUGCCUCUUCGAAAGGUCUUCAUUGGCCUCUCCAUCAUAAUUGGUGGUGGAAUCUAUAACCUGAUAAAGAUCAUUGUUAUUGGGUUGACCAAGCAUAAGAAAAGCGACAAUUCUUCUGCUUUGCCUGUCGAGAACCCUUUCCAUGGGAAAACCCCUGUCCCCUGUGAUGAAGAGGUUAGAACCAAAACCUUCCUCAAGGACCAAAUUCUGAAGAGAGUGGCGAUCGGCAGCUAUGUCACAAUAGCUAUUAUAUCCGUAGCAGUUUUAUCAUUCAUCUUCCCCGGUCUCAAAUGGUACCAAGUGUUGACCCUGUACCUGAUAUCCCCCUUGUUAGGAUUCUGCAGAGCCUACGCGACCGGUUUAACUGACAUGUCGAUAUCAAUGUUUUAUAGAAAUCCGGCCAUCUUAAUCUUUGGUUCGUGGGCCGGAAAGUCCAGCGGCAGCGUCCUAGUUGGGCUUGCCGCUUGUGGGAUACUCAUGAAUUUCGUGGCGGCAGCUUCCAAUAUGAUGGAGUCCUUCAAACUAGGGUACAUGACACUUUCCUCCCCCAAAUCCCUGUUCCUGAGCCAACUGAUUGGGACUAUAGUGGGCUGUUUGGUCUCUCCUUACAUCUUCUUGUACUACAAGAACCACUACCCAAAUGGGUUCGGAACACCUGAUUCCGUGUUUGCAGCUUCCUGGGCCAGCGAUUAUAGAGAUACCGCCAUGCGUGCAGCAAAUGGGUUCUCAACACUGCCAAAGCAUUGCCUCAGUCUUUCUCUGGCGUUCUUUUUCGCAGCCAUUCUCGUCAGCUUGCUCCGAGACUUGACGCCGAAGAAGUGGAAGAGUUUGAUACCGAUACCCAUGGCGUUCGCCGUGCCAUUCAAUGUUGGAGCUUAUCUCAGCAUUGACAUGUGCGUUGGGUACUUGGUAUUCUACCUGUGGAGGAGGAAGAACAAGGCCCAAGCCGAGGCACUGGCUCCUUUCGUUGGGUCUGCCCUGAUGUUUGGAGAUGGGUUGUGGAUGUUUCCUAGCACAUUACUCAGUAUGAAAAACAUAAUUGCACCAAUGUGCAUGAGAUUUCUGUCCAAGGAGAUGAGUGCCCAAGUUGAAAAUUGCCUCAACAGUGGUUCUUGA